UUCCUGACACUAAUUUAUAACACUUAUUUAACCCUAGUGGAUAUUUCUUACAGUCUUUCAACUGGAAAGUAUCCUGGAGUUAUAAUGCGUAUAAUAAGUUGGGGUUUCACAAUAUUUUAUGUAUUUGAACAAAUUUCUUUUCUGUGGGCUUAUGGUCAGAAGGCAUUUUUUUCGAAGAAAUCAAAUAUAUUUGGAUUAUUUAUAGUAGCUAUAAUAUUUGUUGUUAAAUUAAUUGAAUUGACUUUGUUGCUUGUCAGCCAUCAAAUGGUACAUAUUUCACAAUUUAGAAUGAUAAUCUGGAAUAUUGUUCGUUUAAGUAAUAUCCUCUUAUUAACACGUACUACAAGACUAAUUGUUCUGUUUCCCUGGACACGGUUAGUUGUUAGUGUUUUAGCUGAUCUGCCAAGUAAUCUAACCCCCGUUUUUGGAAUACUCAUAUCAGCAUUUUACUUUUAUGCAUUAUUGGGAAUGAAUUUAUUCUAUGAUGUUAUUAAAUAUGACAACUCCACAAAUUCGUCAAAUCCGUGA